UUUUAUAUUACAUUUAUUUGUGGAAUCGGAAGAAUCUAAUAGCUGCAGGUUGCAGCCGUUAAUACGGUUAAGUGUAGGUAAUUCCACUGAAAGGAAGUAUGGCGAUCAACGCGUACGAUGAAUGCUAUGAUAAUAGCUGGAACAUCAUUCCACCCGAUUACAUAGGAAUGGACGAGGAGUACAGAUACGCAUUAUUGGACAGUAUGAAAGUAGCCGCGCCGACCAACCACCAUCAAAACCACCAAAGACAGUCCGCGGGUUUUGCCAUAAGCGAUAUCUUGGAACUCAACGAAAGAGCGACAAAUAUAGAAAAUCAUCAUCAGCCGGAUCCGCCGAUUUACACGCAACACCCCGAAAUUCCACACGGACAUACGACUUUACUGCCAAUCCCGCCGAGAUCGUGGCCUCCACAUCCAACAUCGGAGCCUAACGUAGUAAACCAACACCACCCGCAACUCAGUCCGGACAGCACCAGCCCGGCCCUUUCGGACAGGUCGGGACCUACCCGUCCCGAGAGUCCCGGACUUAGCCACGCAGGCGAUGAAAGUAUAGACGAUUGUAGUGACAUGAUGAACGGUACAAGACAAAAUGGAGGCGGCCAAAAGAAAAGGAAACGACGCGUCCUAUUCUCCAAGGCGCAAACGUACGAGCUGGAGCGGCGGUUUCGCCAGCAGCGAUACCUCUCCGCGCCAGAAAGGGAACAUUUAGCGUCCAUAAUUAGAUUAACGCCGACGCAAGUGAAAAUUUGGUUCCAAAAUCACAGAUACAAGACAAAAAGGGCAGCGCACGAGAAAGGCUUACACGAUCAGCAAGUAAACGGCACAAUGGCGUCGCCACGUCGCGUGGCGGUACCUGUUUUAGUGCGCGAUGGUAAACCGUGUCUUAGUGGAGCGAAUGGACCGGUACCACCAGGUUCCAAAGGGGUUGAUAAUUUACCAACGGGUUCACCUCUAGUCAUGUCAUCCUAUGGUCAUCAUUUAGUGCACGGCGGCCAGCCUCGAGGGUGGUGGUAAUUUGAGUUCCUUUUAAUUGUAAAUAGACUUGUACUAUAGUAGGCAGUAGAAGACGUUGUUGAUUGUUUAGUGUGUGCAAAUUUUAUUUGUUAUAAAAUGAAUUGUUUAGUUUAUAUGUUCUAAGUAGAUAAACUACAUGAUUUAGCAAUACGUGUGAUACUAGAUGGUACGCUGUUUAACUGUACAGAUUGUAAAACUACUUCUACCAAAUGUGAUGGAGAUUUUGGUUUUUGAAUGUUAGUAGUGUAGGUACGUGUGUAAAUAGCAAAAGAACGAGUGGCAAACGCUACACCGUUCGGCAUUUCAUGUAAAUAAAAAAUGAAAUAUAAUAUAAUUGCUGAGUA